CCCAUUAUAUGCUGCUUGACUUCUUAGGCCGAGGAGAGACAGCCAGAACACUGCUGUACUGCUGAGAGGGAACACCCCUACAUGCCGGCUUCUCUAUUUACAGCUGACCCACAUUGCUUCUGAGCCUCAAAAAGGCCUGCCAUAUUGGAAAGGAUCAUAAGGUUUCUCUUCUCUCUUCUAUUGCUUUUUCACCAAAGAGGUGAAGCAGGAUGAUAGCUGCACAGCUUCUGGCCUACUACUUUACUGAGCUGAAGGAUGACCAGGUCAAAAAGAUUGACAAAUACUUGUACUCCAUGCGGUUCUCUGAUGAGACGCUGAAAGACAUCAUGUCCCGCUUUCAAAGGGAAAUGGAAAAUGGACUGAGUAGAGACACCAACCCGACAGCCACCGUUAAGAUGUUGCCUACCUUUGUUAGGUCCAUCCCUGAUGGAUCAGAGAAGGGAGAUUUCAUUGCACUGGAUCUGGGGGGCUCUAAUUUUCGUAUUCUGAGGGUAAAAGUGUCACAUGAGAAGAAACAGACAGUGCAGAUGGAGAGUAAGAUAUACGAAACUCCAGAGGACAUCAUCCACGGCAGCGGAUCACGGCUGUUUGACCAUGUUGCAGAAUGCCUUGGAGACUUCAUGGAGAAACAAAAUAUUAAAGACAAAAAGCUUCCUGUGGGGUUCACAUUUUCAUUCCCUUGUGCUCAUAGUAAACUGGAUGAGGCUGUUUUGUUGACUUGGACCAAGCGCUUCAAGGCCAGUGGGGUUGAGGGAAUGGAUGUAGUAAAGCUUCUAAAUAAAGCCAUCAAAAAACGUGGGGACUAUGAUGCAGAUAUCAUGGCUGUUGUCAAUGACACUGUUGGAACUAUGAUGACCUGUGGCUUCGAUGACCAGCGCUGUGAAGUUGGCAUCAUCAUUGGUACCGGCACUAAUGCAUGUUACAUGGAGGAGCUGAGACACAUCGAUCUGGUGGAGGGAGAUGAAGGCAGGAUGUGCAUCAAUACUGAAUGGGGGGCUUUUGGAGAUGAUGGCACAUUGGAGGAUAUCCGAACUGAGUUUGACAGGGAGAUCGACCGUGGCUCCCUCAACCCUGGCAAGCAAUUGUUUGAGAAGAUGGUCAGUGGGAUGUACAUGGGCGAGCUGGUUAGACUGAUCCUGGUGAAGAUGGCUAAAGAAGGGCUGCUGUUUGAGGGCCGCAUCACCCCAGAACUGCUCACUAAAGGAAAAAUUGAAACCAAGCAUGUUUCUGCUAUUGAAAAGAGCAAAGAGGGACUGACCAAAGCCAAGGAGAUUCUGACCCGCUUGGGUGUAGAACCAUCUGAAGACGACUGCAUUGCUGUGCAACAUGUUUGCGCUAUUGUCUCUUUUCGCUCUGCUAAUCUAAUUGCUGCCACUUUGGGUGCGAUCCUCAAACGUCUGAAGGACAAUAAGAGUGCCCCUCGCCUCCGCACCACAGUUGGCAUUGAUGGCUCCCUCUAUAAGAUGCACCCACAGUAUUCUCGCCGGUUGCACAAGACUGUGCGUCGUCUAGUGCCGGAAUCUGAUGUCCGCUUCUUGCUUUCUGAAAGUGGAAGUGGCAAAGGGGCUGCACUGGUAACAGCCUGGGCUUACCGAUUGGCCGAUCAGACCCGUCAGAUUGCUGAGACUUUGGCAGAGUUCAGGCUGACCAAAGAUCAGCUUCUGGAGGUGAAGAAAAGGAUGAAAACUGAGAUCCAGAAUGGACUGAGCAAGAAAACCCAAAGCUCAGCCACAGUCAAGAUGCUUCCCACCUAUGUACGGAGUACCCCAGAUGGAUCAGAAAAUGGUGACUUCUUGGCUUUGGAUCUUGGAGGUACAAACUUUAGGGUGCUGUUGGUAAAGAUUCGUAGUGGCAAGAGACGAACUGUGGAGAUGCAUAAUAAAAUCUAUGCCAUUCCUGUAGAAGUAAUGCAAGGAACUGGAGAGGAGCUCUUUGAUCACAUUGUGGCCUGCAUAUCUGAUUUCCUGGACUACAUGGGAAUGAAGAAUGCUCGCCUGCCUCUGGGCUUUACCUUCUCCUUCCCCUGCAGACAAACUAGUCUGGAUGCAGGAAUUUUGGUAAAUUGGACAAAGGGAUUCAGAGCCACAGACUGUGAAGGGGAAGAUGUUGUCGGCCUCCUGAGAGAGGGCAUCAAAAGGAGAGAGGAGUUUGACCUGGAUGUUGUAGCCAUAGUGAAUGACACAGUGGGUACAAUGAUGACCUGUGCAUAUGAGGAACCCACAUGUGAGGUUGGGCUGAUUGCAGGAACAGGCAGCAACGCCUGCUACAUGGAGGAGUUGCGAAACAUUGAGACAGUGGAUGGAGAAGAGGGCAGGAUGUGUGUGAAUAUGGAAUGGGGAGCUUUUGGGGACAAUGGCUGCCUGGAUGACAUCAGGACUCAGUAUGACAAUAAUGUGGAUGAUCUUUCUCUCAAUGCUGGCAAACAGAGGUAUGAGAAGAUGUGCAGUGGUAUGUACCUGGGCGAAAUUGUACGGAACAUCUUGAUUGACUUGACAAAGCGUGGUUUCCUCUUCAGAGGGCAGAUCUCUGAGACACUGAAGACCAGGGGUAUCUUCGAAACGAAGUUCCUUUCCCAAAUUGAGAGUGAUCGAUUGGCGCUACUGCAGGUGAGGUCCAUUCUGCAGCAUUUGGGCUUGGACAGCACAUGUGAUGACAGUAUUAUCGUGAAGGAAGUGUGUGGAGCUGUUUCCCGUCGUGCAGCCCAGCUCUGUGGCGCUGGAAUGGCUGCUGUUGUGGACAAAAUCCGGGAGAACCGUGGCCUGGACCGUUUGGACAUCACUGUUGGGGUGGAUGGAACUCUUUAUAAGCUCCAUCCACAUUUCUCACGGAUUAUGCACCAGACUGUGAAGGAGCUCGCCCCCAACUGCAAUGUCACCUUCCUUCUCUCAGAAGACGGAAGUGGGAAGGGUGCUGCCUUGAUCACUGCUGUUGGGUGUCGUCUGCGUCAGCAAGAACAAAAGAGCUGAACUCUCCUCAGAACAAGCCCUUAGCUCCUUCUGUGGCUAUAUCAGGGCCUAUCAAUUUCCACUCACAGCUGUGACUUCACUCUCCUCCACCCAGAUCUAGCACAUCCAUUUGAUCAUGCCCAGAGCUGUGAUUUGACCCUUUGUGAUUAGCUUUGUGUUUCACUACUUUUUAAAGAACUCGUUACUGUCAGCCUUUCUCUGUGUACGUCUCAAGUGUGUUAUUAGGGGUUGGUCACUCUCUGUCCACCCAAAAUAUAUAAAGAUAUUAUUUAAGAUGUUCAACUGUUGUUUAUGUAUUUAUGGAUGUAUACUGGAAAAAGGGAAGAAAUGUAAACACAUUACAAACAUUAAAAGUUAAGAUAUUUGACUAAUAUUAUGAAGAUAUUAUUUAUUUUAUUUUUGUAUUUGAUGGGUGCAUUGUAACAUGACAGAAGUGACAGGAGUGGAUCUUUGAGGGAAAGAAAGUAUUUUUUUGAGAUUAUACCAAGCUAAUUCCAAAAUUUUGUGUAUUGUCAUUUGUCUGUAGGUCAGUGUGUGGUGUCAGUCAGUAGUGGUUCUAGCUUGUUUGGUGCCCUGGGCAAAACCCCCAUCAGUAACCCCCCCCCCCCCUUUCCCACAAAGGUUGGUGGCUGGGGGUUGUGGGUGGUUGGAGAUGACAUGGCUGGUGGACUUUUUUGUGUUAGGCAGCUGCACACAUUGCACAUGCCUAAAUCUACCCCUGGUGUCAAUAUUGAGAAAUGCCCAAUGUACACUAACCAUAACAGUCUCCCCAUGGUAUUGCCAUGGUCAAAGUGGGGAAGACAUGCGAGUUCAGUUGAGGCUGCCUUCCUAUUUAAUUCUUUAAUUGCUACCAGCUCCUUUUGGUCUCCUUCUGAUACGCUAUUCUAUUAGUCAAACAAAUGAACAAGGAAAGAGAAACCUAAUGCCUUUGCUUAUUUACCCUCUUUGAAAUAGUUUAACUCUUAGAUAUCUAAAGGCUUUGGCAGAUUGUACCAUGCACAUUGCUUUUGUCAACUUUUUGCUUUUUGCAGGUUAUCAGCCCUGUAAACAGCAGUACUGAUAUCCAUAAAUGUCCUUCUGUGUGCCCUGGCUGGUUAUUUGUGAGUGAUUGUGUGUAAUUAAUGUGAGUGAAUAUGUGUAGUGGCUCAGAGAUUAUGAUGAAAGCAUGCCUUAUUUGGUAACUGAGGUCUAGCAUCCACUGAUUUUGUACAAAAUUCAUAGUUGCACUAUAUAAAUAGAUGUUCUCGGAAAACCUAUAGGAGAAAACCAUAAAAAUAUUUUGAUGAACAACUGAUUUUAUGUUCUGUGGUUUUCUUCAGAGUUGCCCAAACAUUGUAGCGUUGUUCAGUAUUGAAAUAAUGUGUGAUAUGUGUUUGUGCAAUAAAAGAAUUUCCUUUUUCUA